AUGACACUACACGUCGUUGAGGUUGCUCGAGUCGUCCCUGCCCCCGACUCGGUCCUUAACUCGGCCAACUCGCUCGUAAUCCCGUUAACUCUCUUCGACCUACCAUGGCUAGCGUUCCACCCAAUCAAACGACUCCUCUUCUACAGACUCACCGAGUCGACUCGUGAGCAUUUCCACUCCUUCAUCGUCCCUAACCUCAAACUCUCCCUUUCCCUCGCCCUCCGGACCUACCUCCCUCUCUCCGGCCGCAUCACAUGGGACCAAAACGAACCCAAGCCAAGCAUCGUCGUCACUCAAAACGACGGCGUUUCAGUAACCAUCGCCGAGAGCGACUCAGAUUUCUCUCGUCUCUCCGGCUAUGGACAGCGUCUACUCUCCGAGUUAGACGCUUUGCUACCCGAGUUACCGGUUUCCGAUGACUCAGCCACCGCUUUCUCUCCGCAGAUCACCUUGUUCCCGAACCAAGGAUUCUCCAUCGGCCUCGCGUCACACCACGCCGUUUGGGACGGAAAAACGGCAAGCAUGUUCAUCAAAGCUUGGGCUCACUUGUGCAAACAACACCUCGAGAGCGAGAACAGAGUCGUCCUCUCUCUACCGGAGAAUCUAACACCGUCUCUUGAUCGGUCGUUGCUCAAAGAUCUUACUAACCUCGACGAAGAGAUGAUCGAGGUCGUGAGAUCUUUGAAAGUGGACAAAACUAAUAAAAGAAGCCUGAGUCCAGUUCCCGCCGGAGAGCUCGGAGACGACGUCGUCUUCGCCACGGUCGUGCUGACUCGCGACGACGUUGAGAGACUCCGGGAGCGAGUCAAGAGCGAGUCGAACCGGUCGCUUCUUCACUUGUCCACAUUCGUCAUCGCCUACGCAUACGCGUGGACAUGCUUCGUGAAGGCGCGUGGAGGAGAUCCGGAGCGAUCCGUGAGUUUACUUUUCGUAGGAGAUUUCAGAGAGCGGUUGGAUCCGCCGCUUCCGGCGACCUACUUCGGAAACUGCUUGUUUCCUGCGGGCAGUUACAAUCGGAAGGCGUCGGAUUUUGCGGACGAGAGAGGAUUCGUAAAUGCGGUUGAGGUCCUAAGCGGUUUAGUGAAAGGUUUGAGUUCACGGAAGUUAGAGACGUUAGUGAAAGACUUCGCUGAGGGAUUCGAAUCCAUGAGUGAGAGCUCACAGUGCGGGUCGGUAGCCGGGUCGACCCGGUUGGGAGUAUACGAGACGGAUUUCGGGUGGGGAAAACCGGUUAAGACUGAUGUUCUCUCCAUUGAGGAAGGAGGGGGAAUCUCAAUGGCAGAGAGACGUGACGAAUCAGGUGGCGUCGAGAUCGGAAUGUGCUCGAAGAAGGCUGAAAUGGACGUUUUCCUUUCUAUUUUCAGCAAUGGUUUACAAAACUAA